UCUCCCGGCUGCUCAACCUCCCUUCUUCCCUCCCUUGCUCUCCCUGCUUCCCUCCCUCCUCCACCCGCCCCUCGGGCAGGGACUGUGCAAAUCGAGGAGAGGGGAGGACCAACAGGCUACACAGGGUCCAGCUAAGGGGCCACGACUCCUCACUGAGACCCCAUCCAAGCUAGGUGUUCCCCGCAUCGUGGAACCUGGAUUUGUGUGGAGCAGGGCGAUUCCCGGGCAAGGAAGGUUCUUCCGGCAGGUCCACCAUACCUUCGUCUCGCAUCAGGACCCCCCUUGGAUGCUCUGAGCCACCCUUCUCAACCCGGAUCUAAAACCUGGGACACGGCUAUCAGGCCAGCCUCUCUCUCCCUCCACCCCUCCCCCUCUUUCUGGCGUCCAUCCCCUCCCCAACACCACCUCUGCUGCUGCCUCUGGCUGUGGACCUGCACCUCUUCUCCAUCCUCACCCGGCCGGGAGAGUGGGGUUAGCCUGGAUGAGAGUGUGCCCCUAACCUGGGGCCCUCCCAGGCCAUGGCUCGUGUGCUCCCAGGGAGGAGUCCAGGACCCUGAGCAUCUGCUAGAAGCUUGGCAGAGGCCCCGCUGGGACCGUGUCUUCUGAGGACAAAAGGCUGCGGCCAGCAGGCAGACUGGGUGGGGGGUGGGGGGGAACCGGCAGGCAGGCAGGCAGACCAGUAGCAGAGCUAGCUCAGGCCCCCUCCCAGACUGGUGGUGGCAUAAAGAUGGGGGUGGGAGUGUGUAGCGGGAGAAGCACCUACCAGGACCCCUUCCUGCCCACUACUUGGGCACCCCAAAGCUGUGUGCUGCCCACCUGGUGUUCCCCAACAUCUCCAGCUCUACCAAGUGCACCCCUCUGGCACCUGCUUCCCCUGCUGCCAGCGAUUUAGACCAGCCAGGCUGUAUCCACGGCAACAGAAGCAGGAGUGUCACUGGCUGCCAGAUCACUGAGGGUCCCACAAUGUGGCCUGGACUGUGGUUUAUCCUGCUUGAGAUCGAGUGAGUUCCCUUCCUGAAUUCCAAGACAGUCCUGCUAAGAGAACCCAGUUUCUACCCACAGGUAACAUACUUUUGCUCACUCACCCUGGAAGAUGUGUCCCAGCUAGUGGGAGGAAGCUGCUAUAGGAAUAGAGGAAGGUGUAGCUCAGCAAGACAACUGAUGGAGUCCCCCAGGGCCCAUCAAACACUGGACUGGCCGACCCCCUAGGGUUGGGGUAGCCCUUGCCCCUCAGUAUGGCCAACACCACCGGAGAGCCUGAGGAGGUGAGCGGCGCACUGUCCCUGCCAUCAGCAUCGGCUUACGUGAAGCUGGUGUUGCUGGGACUGAUCAUGUGUGUAAGCCUGGCAGGCAAUGCCAUCUUGUCCCUGCUGGUGCUCAAGGAGCGUGCCUUGCACAAGGCUCCUUACUACUUUCUGCUGGACCUGUGCCUAGCUGAUGGCAUACGCUCUGCCAUCUGCUUCCCCUUUGUACUGGCUUCUGUGCGCCAUGGCUCCUCAUGGACCUUCAGUGCACUCAGUUGUAAGAUUGUGGCCUUCAUGGCUGUGCUCUUUUGCUUCCAUGCGGCCUUCAUGCUGUUCUGCAUCAGCGUCACCCGCUACAUGGCCAUCGCCCACCACCGCUUCUAUGCCAAGCGCAUGACACUCUGGACAUGCGCAGCUGUCAUCUGCAUGGCCUGGACCUUGUCUGUGGCCAUGGCUUUCCCACCUGUCUUUGAUGUGGGCACCUACAAGUUUAUCCGAGAGGAAGACCAGUGCAUCUUUGAGCAUCGCUACUUCAAAGCAAAUGACACACUGGGCUUUAUGCUUAUGUUGGCUGUGCUCAUGGCAGCCACACAUGCUGUCUAUGGCAAGCUGCUACUCUUCGAGUAUCGUCACCGCAAGAUGAAGCCAGUGCAGAUGGUGCCAGCCAUCAGCCAAAACUGGACAUUCCAUGGCCCUGGGGCUACCGGCCAGGCUGCUGCCAACUGGAUCGCUGGCUUUGGCCGUGGGCCCAUGCCACCAACUCUGCUGGGUAUCCGGCAGAAUGGGCACGCAGCUAGCCGGCGGCUACUGGGCAUGGACGAGGUCAAGGGUGAAAAGCAGUUGGGCCGAAUGUUCUACGCGAUUACACUGCUCUUCCUGCUCCUCUGGUCGCCAUACAUUGUGGCCUGCUACUGGCGAGUGUUUGUGAAAGCCUGCGCUGUGCCCCACCGCUACCUGGCCACUGCUGUUUGGAUGAGCUUCGCCCAGGCUGCCGUCAACCCUAUCGUCUGCUUCCUGCUUAACAAGGACCUCAAGAAGUGCCUGAGGACUCAUGCCCCUUGCUGGGGCACAGGAGGUGCCCCAGCUCCCAGGGAACCCUACUGUGUCAUGUGAAGCAAGCCAGUAGGUGAUAGGCAGGGGGAAAGUCGUGAUCACCAUACUGGGGCCAACAGCAGGGGAAGAGUGAGACCCACACACAGAAGCCUUCUUUUUUGAGCUUCAGCCCAGGCUCUCAAACCAUCCAUAACUGAGGCAUUUUGCAAACACCUCCCUAGGGGUGGAAACUGGGUGAGGAAUUGGGAAAGAGGCAUUUCUAGUUUUGUGGAGUUUGUCCUGCAGCCUCCUCCACUUCUACAAUCUCUUUCCCAUGUCCUUCUUGCCUCCUUAUCCCUCUCCCUUCUCCUCUUUCUAAAGUGACGAUUCAGUAAAAGAAAACAAACUGAAAAUGCAGGGUUUUUAAUAACAACAGCUGAGGAAACAGGU